GCAAGGGCAUUUUGGACUCUAGGUCCCUGAGUCUCUGCCCACACUGGAGAGAAGCAGGGGCGGGAACUUCACGGCCCGGGGGCGCCCUGGCUGUGGCUGCUGGCUCAUCACCUCGGUUGCUGAUCGUGGCGAAGAAACCCCGGGCGCACAGCGGGGGCCAGGGGGCGGUCGGGAAGCUCGCUUGGGCCCGCUGCGGGUUCUGCCUGGGCUCCGCAAACCCGAGGGGGCCGAGGCGCGCUCCCGCCGCGCUCCCUCCCGGCCGGGGCCGCGCCCCGGAAAAGCGGGAUUUCCGCUGGCCCGGCUGCCGCCGCCGGCGAGAGAACGAUGGGAGAGGGGAGGACAGAGCCAGCUGGCUGCCGCCCGCGCGCGGACUUGGGAAGAGUCCGGCCGAGCGCGCGCCGGCGGCGGACCCCUCCCCGAGGAGCGGCGGGCGCGCGCCCACAGGCGGCCGGGGCGCGAGCGCGAGCCGGGGCCCCGCCCCUCGGGGCUGGGUGGGGCGGGCGCGAGCCGGGGCUCCCCGCCCCCUCCCCGGACACGCCCACCCAGUGUCUCGGCGGCGCGAGCCGCAACAGGCAGCGGCGGGCGAGCGCGAGGACCGCGCGCCGGCAGGCCCCGCGCGUGCGUGCAGCCUCUCGCUCGCUCGCUCGCGCGCUCGGGCGGGCGGGCUGAGGAGACGAGCCGAGCCCCCGCCGCCGCCGCGGGAGAAGGCUGGGCGUCUGCUCGGCGUCGCGGCGAUCCCCGCAGCCCCGCUCCCCCACCCCGGCCGGGCCAUGGCGGAACGCGGAGGGGCGGGCGGUGGUCCCGGAGGCGCCGGGGGCGGCAGCGGCCAGCGGGGCUCCGGGGUCGCCCAGUCCCCGCAGCAGCCGCCGCCGUCGCAGCAGCCGGCGCCGCAGCAGCCGACGCCCCCCAAGCUGGCCCAGGCCACCUCGUCGUCCUCGUCCACCUCGGCGGCGGCCGCCUCCUCCUCGUCCUCGUCCACCUCCACCUCCAUGGCCGUCGCGGUGGCCUCGGGCUCCGCGCCUCCCGGCGGCCCGGGGCCAGGCCGCACCCCCGCCCCCGUGCAGAUGAACCUGUACGCCACCUGGGAGGUGGACCGGAGCUCGUCCAGCUGCGUGCCCAGGCUGUUCAGCUUGACCCUGAAGAAACUGGUCAUGCUAAAAGAAAUGGACAAGGACCUUAACUCAGUGGUCAUUGCCGUGAAGCUACAGGGUUCCAAAAGAAUUCUUCGCUCCAACGAAAUCAUCCUUCCAGCUAGUGGCCUGGUGGAAACAGAGCUCCAGUUGACCUUCUCCCUUCAGUACCCUCAUUUCCUGAAGAGAGAUGCCAACAAGCUGCAGAUCAUGUUGCAAAGGAGAAAGCGUUACAAGAACCGGACCAUCUUGGGCUACAAGACCCUGGCCGUGGGCCUCAUCAACAUGGCAGAGGUGAUGCAGCAUCCUAACGAGGGCGCUCUGGUGCUCGGCCUGCACAGCAACGUGAAGGAUGUCUCUGUGCCUGUGGCAGAAAUAAAGAUCUACUCCCUCUCCAGCCAGCCCAUUGACCACGAAGGAAUCAAAUCCAAGCUGUCUGAUCGUUCUCCUGAUAUUGACAAUUAUUCUGAGGAAGAGGAGGAGAGUUUCUCAUCAGAACAGGAAGGCAGUGAUGAUCCAUUGCACGGGCAGGACCUGUUCUAUGAAGAUGAGGAUCUGCGCAAAGUAAAGAAGACCCGGAGGAAACUCACCUCCACCUCUGCCAUCACCAGGCAACCGAACAUCAAACAGAAGUUCGUGGCCCUCCUGAAGCGGUUUAAAGUUUCAGAUGAGGUUGGCUUUGGGCUGGAACAUGUAUCCCGGGAGCAGAUACGAGAGGUGGAAGAGGACUUGGAUGAGCUGUAUGAUAGUCUGGAGAUGUACAAUCCCAGCGACAGUGGCCCUGAAAUGGAGGAGACAGAGAGCAUCCUUAGCACUCCGAAGCCCAAGCUCAAGCCCUUCUUUGAGGGGAUGUCGCAGUCCAGCUCACAGACAGAGAUUGGCAGCCUCAACAGCAAGGGCAGCCUCGGCAAAGACACCACCAGCCCUAUGGAAUUGGCUGCUCUAGAAAAAGUCAAAUCUGCUUGGAUUAAAAAUCAAGAUGACAGCUUGACUGAAACAGACACUCUGGAAAUCACUGACCUGGACAUGUUUGGAGACGUGAGCACAAGUCUGGUUGUGCCAGAGAAAGUCAAAACCCCCAUGAAGUCCAGCAAAACGGAUGUCCACGGCUCUGCCUCUCCCAGCAAAGUGGACGGGGUGCACACCCCGCGGCAGAAGAGGAGCACCCCCCUGAAGGAGCGGCAGCUCUCCAAGCCCCUGAGUGAGAGGACCAACAGCUCCGACAGCGAGCGGUCCCCCGACCUGGGCCACAGCACACAGAUUCCACGAAAGGUGGUAUAUGACCAACUGAAUCAGAUCCUGGUGUCAGAUGCAGCCCUCCCAGAAAAUGUCAUCCUCGUAAACACCGCCGAUUGGCAGGGCCAGUACGUGGCAGAGCUGCUCCAGGACCAGCGGAAGCCUGUCGUGUGCACCUGCUCCACUGUGGAGGUCCAGGCCGUGCUGUCCGCUCUGCUCACCCGUAUCCAGCGCUACUGCAACUGCAACUCCGCCAUGCCGCGGCCGGUGAAGGUGGCAGCCGUAGGAGGCCAGAGCUACCUGAGCUCCAUCCUCCGGUUCUUUGUCAAGUCGCUGGCCAGCAAGACCUCCGACUGGCUUGGCUACAUGCGCUUUCUCAUCAUCCCCCUUGGUUCCCACCCUGUAGCCAAAUACUUGGGCUCAGUUGACAGUAGAUAUGGCAGUACCUUCCUUGACUCCAGCUGGAGAGAUCUGUUCAGUCGCUCGGAGCCCCCAGUGUCAGAGCAACUGGACGUGGUGGGGCGGGUGAUGCAGUAUGUCAAUGGGGCAGGCGUGACACACCAGCUUCCUGUGGCUGAAGCCAUGCUGACCUGCAGGCAUAAGUUCCCUGAUGAAGACUCUUAUCAGAAAUUCAUCCCCUUCAUUGGCGUGGUGAAGGUGGGUCUGGUCGAAGACUCUCCUUCCACUGCAGGUCAGGGGUGGCUUCCUCUGGCCGACUGUGUUUUCUCCACCGUGACAGGCGACGGAGACGACUCGCCUGUGGUCAGCCUUACCGUGCCCUCCACAUCACCGCCCUCCAGCUCGGGCCUGAGCCGAGACGCUACGGCCACGCCUCCUUCCUCCCCGUCCAUGAGCAGUGCCCUCGCCGUUGUGGGGAGCCCCAACAGCCCAUAUGGGGACGUGAUUGGCCUCCAGGUGGACUACUGGCUGGGCCACCCUGGGGAGCGGAGGAGGGAAGGUGACAAGAGGGACGCCAGCUCCAAGAACACCCUCAAGAGUGUCUUCCGCUCAGUGCAGGUGUCCCGCCUGCCCCAUGGUGGGGAGGCCCAGCUUUCCGGCACCAUGGCAAUGACUGUGGUUACCAAAGAGAAGAACAAGAAAGUUCCCACCAUCUUCCUGAGCAAGAAACCUCGAGAAAAGGAGGUGGAUUCUAAGAGCCAGGUCAUCGAAGGCAUCAGCCGCCUCAUCUGCUCAGCCAAGCAGCAGCAGACCAUGCUGAGAGUGUCCAUCGACGGAGUCGAGUGGAGUGACAUCAAGUUCUUCCAGCUGGCGGCCCAGUGGCCCACCCAUGUCAAGCACUUUCCAGUGGGACUGUUCAGUGGCAGCAAGGCCACCUGAGGGCCCUGUCUCCUGGCCACUCUCCCUCCUGGCACUGCCACCAGCCUCACCGCCUGUGGGCAGGGGGAGGCCCGCAGGCCCGGGCCCAGCACCCCUUUCCUGGCCUUGGGGCCUAAUAUCACUUGCCCAGUCCUGAAGGACACUGCCACUGGGGAUACUGCUCCCCUCUCCACUGCUCAGUCCCAUCCCUGGGCAGCCCCCUCCCUCCCUCUCUCCUUGUCCUCCUCUCCCUCCUGCUCCAGGCCCAAGGCAUGUUGAUUUUGCCUUCUGGUGCCGUCCCUAGAAUUGAGUCCUCUGGGCCUUCCUUCACCUGACUUCCAGCCUCUUCCCCUAUGUGGCACCGGUUCCCUUCCUGGAAAUAGGAAACCUGGAAUCCUGGCCCCCAGCAGGGAGCCCAGCCCGCACCUCCCGCCGCCUCUCGGUUUCUAAAGCCCAGCUGCCUGCCACGAAUGGGGGCCAGGGCCACUUCCCACUACUGCGUGGUUCUCCCCGUGGAGGGUGAGAGGGUACCCUGAGCCCAUGGGACUGUGUGCCCCUUCACAGUCCCAGGGGCAGCUCCCUGCUCCCUCACCCCCAGGAUAGUGUUUCUAUGGUGAUGCCAUGUAUUUCUGAGAUGGAGGGGCCUUUCCGGCCCCCCAUGCACGACUUCCUCACCACCCCUGGUCCCCUCUAGAUGUUGCAUAUGUCCUUGAGCGUUUCUCUGGUUCUCUGCACGGCCAGUCUCUUGGUGGUUCCGUGUGAUUCGCCUGGGCACCAGUCCCUGUCUUUGUGGCUCCUCCCUUGUGGAUGAUUCUCCUCCCUCUGCCUCGCACCCGCUCCACCCCAGCACGGCUCUGCCUCUUCCUGAAACUCUGGACUCGGAGAGAUGGGAGGCAGACCCCCACCAACAUAUUGUCUGUGACCCGCCAGCCCCUUUGUCUCCCCGUUCCCACCGUGUCCGUUUGUCUCUCUUUCCGUGGUCUGUUCUUCCUGGGCUCCUGGCCUAGGCAGACACUCCAUCCUCCCAGCCAGGUCUCUCUCCAGCAGGCUCCAUCCCCUCCGUCUCACCUCGGCUCGGGGUCUGAGCCCCUCCUCAGCCUCGACCACCAGCCUUCUCAGGACAGGCUGAGCACACAGGUCGAGAUCCCAGCCGCGGCCCUCCAUCCCCGCCAGCACCUCCAGAGCUUUCCCGGUGCCCUCUCACCCCUUCUAGAAGUUUUUGCACAGAACUUCAUUUUGAAAAGUGUUUUUCUCAUUCUCCAUACUUCCCCAAACUCCUCCAGCCCUGACCCUGGCUCAGCCCUGCUGUCCAGAGCGUCUCCUGGGCCGCGCUGCUCUCUCGGGGCCGGAGAGAGGGGUGGGGUGGGAGGGACUGAGUGGAUGUUGGAUUUUUCAUUCAAUAAACUGGUGAUUUCU